GGGGAGACGCCCGCCCCGGCCUCGCCUACGGCCGCUCCCUCCGCCUCCUCCCCGCCCCGAGCCCCAGUCAGCCCGUCCUUCCUUCCCUUCCCUUGCAUGAUGGAAACACCAUGGCUGCGGCGGCCCAGCUUUCUCUGACACAGUUAUCAAGUGGGAAUCCUGUAUAUGAAAAAUACUAUAGACAGGUUGAUACAGGCAAUACUGGAAGGGUGUUUGCUUCUGAUGCUGCUGCUUUCCUGAAAAAAUCAGGGCUUCCAGACUUGAUACUUGGAAAGAUUUGGGAUUUAGCCGACACAGAUGGCAAAGGUAUCCUGAACAAACAAGAAUUCUUUGUUGCUUUGCGUCUUGUAGCAUGUGCCCAGAAUGGAUUGGAAGUUUCACUAAGUAGUUUGAACCUGGCUGUUCCUCCACCAAGAUUUCAUGAUACCAGUAGUCCUUUGCUAAUCAGUGGUACCUCUGCAGCUGAGCUCCCAUGGGCUGUAAAACAUGAAGAUAAGGCCAAAUAUGAUGCAAUUUUUGAUAGUUUAAGCCCAGUGAAUGGAUUUUUAUCUGGUGAUAAAGUGAAACCAGUGUUGCUCAACUCUAAGUUACCUGUGGAUAUCCUUGGAAGAGUUUGGGAGUUGAGUGAUAUUGACCAUGAUGGAAUGCUUGACAGAGAUGAGUUUGCAGUUGCCAUGUUUUUGGUAUACUGUGCACUGGAGAAAGAACCUGUGCCAAUGUCCUUGCCUCCAGCCUUGGUGCCACCAUCUAAGAGAAAAACGGUCAGUAUAUCAGGCUCUGUGCGGUUGAUCCCCUCUUCAGCAUCAACCAAGGAAUCUUACCACUCCUUACCAUCUGUAGGCAUUUUACCUACCAAAACACCAUUAAGACAGUUAACUCUUGAUUCUUUGGGAUCAAAUUAUCGAAUUCUGGGUUGUCCAAGGCUUUUUUUUUCUGCCCCCAGCCUGCCUCUUGUCAGAUUGAGUAAAGGAAGAUUAAUGACAGGUUUCCUACCCCUCUUCUACCCUCUACUAGCCCAUAUAUGGUCAUUAUGCGACACAAAGGACUGUGGGAAACUUUCAAAGGAUCAAUUUGCCUUGGCUUUUCACUUAAUCAGUCAGAAGUUAAUCAAGGGCAUUGAUCCUCCUCACGUUCUUACUCCUGAAAUGAUUCCACCAUCAGACAGGGCCAGUUUACAAAAGAACAUCAUAGGAUCAAGUCCUGUUGCAGAUUUCUCUGCUAUUAAGGAACUAGAUACUCUUAACAAUGAAAUAGUUGACCUACAGAGGGAAAAGAAUAAUGUGGAACAGGACCUUAAGGAGAAAGAAGAUACUAUUAAACAAAGGACAAGCGAGGUUCAAGAUCUUCAAGAUGAAGUUCAAAGGGAGAAUACUAAUCUGCAAAAACUACAGGCCCAGAAACAGCAGGUACAGGAACUCCUUGAUGAACUGGAUGAGCAGAAAGCCCAGCUGGAGGAGCAACUCAAGGAAGUCAGAAAGAAAUGUGCUGAGGAGGCCCAACUGAUCUCUUCUCUGAAAGCUGAAUUAACUAGUCAGGAAUCACAGAUCUCCACUUAUGAAGAAGAAUUGGCAAAAGCUAGAGAAGAGCUGAGCCGUCUACAGCAGGAAACAGCAGAAUUGGAGGAGAGUGUAGAGUCAGGGAAGGCUCAACUGGAACCUCUUCAGCAGCACCUACAAGAUUCACAACAGGAAAUUAGUUCAAUGCAAAUGAAACUGAUGGAAAUGAAAGAUUUGGAAAAUCAUAAUAAUACGUUAAAUUGGUGCAGUAGCCCACACAGCAUUCUUGUAAAUGGAGCUACAGAUUAUUGCAGCCUCAGCACCAGCAGCAGUGAAACAGCCAACCUUAAUGAACAUGCUGAAGGCCAGAGCAACCUAGAGUCUGAGCCCAUACACCAGGAAUCUCCAGCAAGAAGUAGUCCUGAACUACUGCCUUCUGGUGUGACUGAUGAAAAUGAGGUGACUACAGCUGUUACUGAAAAAGUUUGUUCUGAACUCGAUAAUAACAGACAUUCAAAAGAGGAAGAUCCAUUUAAUGUAGACUCAAGUUCGCUGACAGAUCCAGUUGCAGAUACAAACUUGGAUUUUUUCCAGUCUGAUCCUUUCGUUGGCAGUGAUCCUUUCAAGGAUGAUCCUUUUGGAAAAAUCGAUCCAUUUGGUGGUGAUCCUUUCAAAGGUUCAGAUCCAUUUGCAUCAGACUGUUUCUUCAGGCAAUCUACUGAUCCUUUUGCCACUUCAAGCACUGACCCUUUCAGUGCAGCCAACAAUAGCAAUAUUACAUCGGUGGAAACAUUGAAGCACAAUGAUCCUUUUGCUCCUGGUGGAACAGUUGUUGCAGCAAGCGAUUCAGCCACAGACCCCUUUGCUUCUGUUUUUGGGAAUGAAUCAUUUGGAGAUGGAUUCGCCGACUUCAGCACAUUGUCAAAGGUCAACAAUGAAGAUCCUUUUAGUUCAGCCACAUCAAGCUCUGUAAGCAAUGCAAUGAUUACAAAAAAUGUAUUUGAGGAAACAUCGGUGAAAAGUGAAGAUGAACCCCCAGCGCUACCACCAAAGGUCGGAACUCCAACAAGACCCUGCCCACCACCACCUGGGAAAAGAUCCAUCAACAAACUGGAUUCUCCUGAUCCCUUUAAACUGAAUGAUCCAUUUCAGCCUUUCCCAGGCAAUGAUAGCCCCAAAGAAAAAGAUCCUGAAAUGUUUUGUGAUCCAUUCACUUCUUCUGCUACUACCACUACCAAUAGAGAGGCUGAUCCAAGCAAUUUUGCCAACUUCAGUGCUUAUCCCUCUGAGGAAGAUAUGAUCGAAUGGGCCAAAAGGGAAAGUGAGAGAGAAGAAGAGCAGAGGCUUGCCCGACUAAAUCAGCAAGAACAAGAAGACUUAGAACUGGCUAUUGCACUCAGCAAAUCUGAGAUAUCAGAAGCAUGAAGAAUUCUCUUGUUCUUUGGCAACAAUAUAGUACUCUUCUUCCUGAAUACUGAAACUAUUUACAAUGUGUAUCAAAACUACCUGUGAGCAUGGGAAUACAAAAGGUUUGAGAUUCCUAUAAAUGUGACAAAAUUUUAGGAUUUUUUUUUUCUUCAUUACAGAUUUGUCUUUUUUUUUCUUAUAAAUGCCAUAACCCAGUCAGACAAAUUCACCUUCACUUAGGCCCCUGGCCCCUGUUCUGGUAUACAUUUACUGUGAGCUUUUGCCUGCCUGUGCUAUUUUACUUGUAAAGCUAGAGCACCCAAGCUUCUGCUUUCUGGAAUAUAGAGAAAUAGUUUCACCCUGCACUACGCUGUUCUGUAGUUAUUCUGAUGAUAGCCAGUGAGGUUCUUAAAGUUUGCAGUAUUCUCCCCUGAUUGGAAUGGUUGAGUGAGGAUAAGGGAAAGAAUAUCUUACUUCUUUUAUGAUUGGUGCAAAUUGGCUAAAGUGCAUUUUAAAAUUUCCUUAUAGUAAAAAUACUACUUAAUUUGUUUUUUAGAGACAAGGAAAAAUAUUUUGCACAGAUUUACUCCAGUAUGGAAAAGGGACACUUUAGGUUGAACCAUUAUAGCCUCAGAUUCGAUCUUUUCCUAACUAAAAAUAUUAAAGCCUCAUGUGUGAAAUAAAUUUUUUUAAAGAUUUAUCUGGAUUUAGAGAAUUUUAGAUCAACAGAUACCUCUCGGUGUGUUUGCUAAUUAAUAAAAAUUAGUUUCUUACAAAUAAAGUUUGUAAGAAAAUGUUCAUUUUAAGUGCUAGAUAGUGGAGAAAAUUUAUCACCUAAAAUAUACCCAUCAGUAUAAGGCAAGCAAAAGUCUUAACAUGGCAGCCAUUCUGCCUUUGCCGUGGCCCUGUCCUGUUUAGUUCUUAGUGGGUUUAUUUUUGUACUUUUGCAGAAGAAACUUCAGCAAGCUAGAACUGGAAGGUACUUUAAUUUUUCAUAUAUACUUUUUUUUUUUUUUUUUUAAAUGAAGGCUCAUUUACUUGAAAUGUAAAAACUUUCACUGAAUACAAAUAGGAAAAAAAGUGAUAUGUUUUAUAUCAUAUUGCUUUUUGUCCAUCUUUGUGGUUUAGUUUAUUUACUCACUUCAUGUUUUUCACCUAUAAAAUUGUCAAGCUAGCAACAAAACUCUUGUUUGUUUAAUUGGGAGAGAAGAGACCUGCCAGAUUAUCAAAACUCUUCACGUAUUAAAAGACCACUCCUGUAAAACCGACCUAGUGGACAAGCUGAAUUUGAAAUAGACUGUGAAGUAAGCUGUAACUUGUCAUUUUAAUUUUGUUUAACAUGGUUACUGACUUAGAUGAUGUAUUGAAUACCAAGAUAAAGAAAAAUGCACCUAAAAUCUAAUUAGAAUUAUCUGGGUCACCAAGUCAAGGUGGUAUUGAUCUGUGUUAAUCUGAGUAACUUAUUGCCUAGCCUAUAAAUAAAUUUCAAAGUAUCCAAUUCAUUUCUUCUU